GGUUGGUAAAGAGAGGGAGAGGGGGGUGCGCGCAAUACCAAGCAACCAGCGCUGCUUCAGUGUGAAGCUGACUCUCGGAAAAUCCGCGUCGAGUUUUCCGGGAAAACUACGCGUGAAGCACGCCGCGGCAAACGGUGAGAAAAUCAACCCGAACAUGUGAAUCAUCGGUUUUAUAAGGGUGAUUUUUAGAGUAAUGGCGGCGCACGAAUCGUCGGGUACUUCAAUAGAACAAAACAAAAAGUUCAUACUGGACUUAAACGAGAACAUGCUUUGUGUGAAAAAAACCGAAGCUCUGCGCACACUUAGCGUGAAACAUCUAGAAGACCAGAAUAGUAAUAUCAAAAAGAGGUCAUCGUUUCAUCAGAACGUAGACGAGGCGCUGAGCUCUUUGUUAUGGCAGCCGUACGAGUACCAAAAUCGUAGGGACUCGUUAACGAAAUCGUCGUCGAAUUGUAGCGUUUGCAGCAGCAGCAGUUCAUCCCUCGACCUUGAAGAGAGCCCUUCCGACUGCACGGACCUAUUUCGUUUGGUUAAUAACCUGUCCGACUCGACGGACCAAUCGCGCGCCGCCGCACGGUCACGUGACCCGCAGAGCCUGCAUUCAACACACUUAACUCAGCCAACUGCGCUCAGUCGAAGUUUAAGCGCGCGCCACGGCUAUGUCGACGCGAUGCAACUGCUACAAGUGCAGCAGAGUGCUCCAAAUACAGUUCUAAGCAUAAACAGUACCCCUAGUGAUAAUAAUGGGUUGAGAGGUACCGUACACACCCCGUUAAGUUCGGCUAACGUGAUCGGGAUACCGAGAACAGUGUACACUAGAAAUGAGUCUUCGAACCAGUUCAGAUUGCCAAUUUCUAUUGCCGCUGGUACUGCCAGUACUACCGCGGUACGACAUACAUCUCAAAUAGAGCACUUUCGAAGCGCGUCGGUUCCGAAAUCGAUGCCUCAAAAUCAACAUAAAGACUCGAACUUUGUGUGCACAGUACCGAGUACCGCACAACCCAAUAACAAUGGUUUGCUGCCCAAUCACGCCAGGAUGCAUUCGGAACCUAGCCUCAAGAAUAAACCAACACACAAUAUUAGCAAUGUUAACGUGAACUUUUAUCGGGCAGUACCCGUAAAUGUGGUCUCAUCAGUUCCAACGAUACAGUGCAUCAACUCGACAGGUUCCAACGUCUCCAAUGUGCAGAUUAUGCCGCAAAGUGUCGUCACCGGUACCACCCAAGUUACAGUGCACAGUACACCCAAUCAUUCGCUAAAUAUUCCCACAAACUACCCUAGGAGUACUACCAACCAAGUCGUCAUCCAAAACAGAAGUAUUACUACAGUACCACCAGCAAAAACAUGCACCACAAACUCUAGCACUCAAAUAUCCAACAGGGUGUCUAGCAGUACCUCCUCGACCGAUCAAGUCGCAGUACCGGUACCCAACACGCAGAUUACAAGAACCAGAACCUUUACGAGUACCGAAGCCCAAACCGACGAUAUCUCGGUGUGCCCUGCAGACUCUGGCAAUCCAACCAGAGAGCAGCGUCGCAGAGAACGCAGAGAGCGCCGCAACCAACGCCGAACCCACACCGGGAACCAUCGGCACGCCGCCGAAAAUGGCGCCCUGCAAAACGACCGCCUCCCCGACAUCCUCAACAGCCAUUUGCCGCCCCCUUAUUCCACCCUUCCCAGUGCUCAACACCCCCAAGUGCACGCCGCCUUAGUGCCGAACCCUGUGAUGAUGCCCAACCCGGUGAUGGUACCCAAUCCCGCGAUGAUGGUGCCGACGCAGCACGUUUUGCAAACUGUGGUUCCUAAUAAUGUUGUGCCAAACGGAUACGCGUUUACGCAGCAAGUGGUACCCGGCCAGGUGCCCCUAGUGCAAGGCGGUACCCCGGUGGCGGUGAGCGUGCAACCGCCCACCGGAUUUAGGUUCCCGUUCCCCAACGGAGGAUUCAGACGAGGUCGCUUCUCCGAAGAAUCUCCCAAAGGGUGUUGCGGAAUUUUGUCAUGGAAACCGGGGUCUUUGCGAUGGUUUAUAGCACUUAUAGCACUAGUAGCGGUGUGUUGUGUUUUGAUUGGGACGGCCUUGGGGGCCAUGAGACCGGCUGGAAGGGACCAUUUGACUGUUUCUUUGCUUAUGAUAGGGGUAGGAAUAGUCCUGGUGACAGUGUCAGGGGUGGCUUGGCGUCUAACUUCACACGACUCGUCGACGUGCCGCUCGAUGUUAGGGCUGGGCUCCACGGAAUCGGUUGACGUGUGCACGCGCCGCUUCGUGCCGCGGCUGCCGCCGUCUUACGGCCGUCCGCACCACCCUUACGCCGCCAUGAUGUACCCCGAGUUCCAGUAUCGGCCGCCGCCUCCCAGCUAUCAGGCCUCGAUGCAAGAAUACAGGUUGCGGUUGCUGCUGUUGGAUAGAGGAAACGCGCCGCAGAUCCAGGGCGGGGUGCAGAACGUCGUGUCGCCCCCUCCAACGUACAGAAGUCACGCCGGAAGUCUGCUAAGGGCGCCACUAUCGAGUAGACGAGACGCCGCCCAAUCAGAGUACAGCUGUCCGCCAUCGUACCGAUCGCAGAACAGCUCGAACCGUCAAAAUACGCUGCCCAACAACGCGAUGUUGCACAGCCGGGAGCAGUCCUUAUCGCUGUCAGAAUCUAACAACGGAGGAUCCGUGGUUAACGUUGUUAACAUAUUGGGAAGCACCGAGGAGGAUAUAGCGUUGGACAAUAUAACUCUGGAUUCGCUUAAAAUGGACCCAGAGAGCGAUAUUAACCCCCUGAAAAUGUUGCUGAAGGCCACAAGUACAGGAGACUUGGAAGGCACCAAGGACGGCAAUUUGGUCACGAUUGUGCAAACAAGUGAUCAAAGUCCUGUCAUUGUGACAGUCAGCGGCAGCUCCCAACUGGAAUCCAACACAAACACAGUGCAAAUAACUGAAAUACCGUCUGAAAUGGAGAUUUUAGCCCAUUUAUAGUCCUUAUUUAAAACAAGCCGUUUUUAUAUUAUUUAAUUCCAUAAUUAUUAACCAUUUGUACAUUCUUUUUGUCAAACGUUGUAUAUUUGCGAUAUUACGUGCCUAUAUUGUAGAUAGUUUAUAAAUAGCACUGUAUUAUAUUAUAUUUUAAACUG